AUGACAUCAGCAAAGCCAACAUCUCUGCCCUUUCAAAAAUGGACAGAGAAAGACGUCCACCGGUGGCUAAUGACAGAGGUCAAAGUUCAUGAGACUUGUGCAGACAAAUUCUGUGAAGAGGAAGUGUCUGGAGAUAUUUUAGUUGUCUAUAAUAAGGCAGAUAUAUUGGACUUGGGAAUAAAACAUGGUCCUGCUGUAAAAAUCACAUCUCAUCUCCAAAGUCUGAGAGAAGGAUCAGAACAUAUAUCACAGUUCCCUUCAUAUGUAGAAAACUGGACAAAGGAGCAAGUGAAGCAGUGGUUACUGCAACAUGUGAAGGCAUACAGCAAAUAUGCAGAACGGCUCCAUGAGGAAGACGUAUCUGGAGAUUGUCUUGUUUGCUUCAAGAAGGAGGACUUUCUGGACCUGGAAGUCAAACGCGGUCCAGCUGUAAAGAUUCUUGCAGAGCUCCGUCAGCUGAAAAAGAAACCAGAACCGACUCUGCAACCUAUCCCUGACACCAGCACUGACCAAAAGGAAGCUCCAAACCCCACUCAGCAUGAACUGAGCCUAGCUCGGGCCACAGCAACCAAACAACCAGAAACACAAAGCAAAAUUGAAGCAGACAACAUGGUGGAAAGUAAAUCUGAGAAGCCUCAGCUACCAUUCAAGAAAGCUUCAAAGGAGGAAAUUCAGCAGCCAAAGCCCAAAGACUUGGGGGCCAGGAGAAAAGAAACUGCCACAGUCCUACCGGACUUCACCAAGAUCACUGUGGAGAUCAAGAAAAUUCUAGACAACCUUUCAAAAAAUGACCUAAAACUAUUUCAUUUCUAUGAAUACAAUAAAUCCACGGAUAGAUCGAUUCCUAAAGGUAAACUGGAUGGCAAGGACACAAUGGACACCGCUCAAUUAAUGACUGGCCACUAUGGAAGCAAGGCUUUACAAGUCACACAAGACAAUCUAAAGGAAAUCAAUCAGCGUCAACUGGCUUAUGAGCUGGAAAACAAGAUGGGUCAACAGAAGAAGCAGUGCCUGCCAAAAGACAUACUGAAGAAAGAAGCUAACCAGGGUGACAAACUUAAGAAUUUGUUAACGUGUGGUGGGAACUCACUGGACAACUAUGACAGAUUUGUUGUUGUUGUGAACAAGAGCUGUCCAGAACAAGUGCAGUAUCUAGAGUUCUUGAAUAAGAUGAAACUGUUCUGUGUGUUAGACUUUGACCCCAGCUCUGUUGCUCCUGGUGGACUGUGUCAUUCCUACAAAGAGUCAAGAGUGGCCAAUCUGCAUAACCCAUCACAGUAUCAUGGAGAGACUGACUCCAUUAUAAAGAACCUUAACCUCUACAAGCAGACUAGCUGGGUCUUCUGCAACGGCAGACAUGACCUUGACAACGACUCUAACAAGGAGUUAGACUAUAAUAACUGGUUAAGAAAAUCUUGUAGAGAUGUAGAGCAGUUGGUUUCAUUCAUUUGCAACCCUGAAGUUCUCCUCCGUGGAAGAAGUCUCAUAAUAUUCCUCCUACUUUCACCUGUAGACACUGAGACAAACCCAAUCUUUGAUGUUUACAAGUCUUUCAUAAAACAAACUGAAGAGGAACGCAUCAUCUCUGUUUGUGAAUCUCAGAGCAUAUAUGAGAAAUGGAGGGAGUUAACACAAGAAAAGUGUGGCUCUAACAUUGACCCACGAUCCAUAUAUGAACUGACCCUCAGCGAGGUCAACGGCACAGUAAUGGCACUGGGACCAUUCAAUCCAUCAUCUGGAAGGCUACUACCCUCUUCUGACUCCAGUUUUGUUGUUCUAAAGCAGAAGGAUGAAGAUUUAAUGCCUGCUCUGGAAAUUGUAUGUCUGAAUCAGUGUGAAAACACCUAUGAUGAAAACAGUCAAGAGUUUCAUGACUUCAGGAUGAAAGUUGAGGAGGAAUUCUACAGAGGACGCACAGUCAACUGGUGGAACUUCUACGUCUGUGACAAAGACAAAGAAAAGCUAUUUGUCAAACGGGACAAGUAUAAAGAUGUUAAAAAGAUGAUCAGAUUUCAGUUGAGGAAUUCAAACAUGUGUGUUCUGCUAAAUCUGUUCCACCAUCCUGGCUGUGGUGGCACCACCUUAGCAAUGCAUGUUAUGUGGGAUCUCCGUCGAGAGUUCAGAUGUGCUGUGCUGAAAGACAAAACACUGCCCAAAUCAGAAGUUGCAAUCCAAGUUAAUAACCUCAUGAAGCUUGAAAGUGAGAGACCAUCUCCAGUUUUGCUGUUAGUUGAUGACUCAAAGGAAACAGGGGAUGCUUAUGAUCUUGUAAACAGCAUUCGUCAAACUGUAGAGGAUUACUCUAACACAACGGUGGAUGAUGCACAAAACUGCAAAGUCAUCAUCCUGAACUGCGUCCGUUCCCACAGCCCCAGGGAACAGUACAUGCGACACAAUCCAAGUCAGUUCAUUACUGCUUCACUGAGUCCAGAUGAACAAAAUCAUUUUGAGAAAAAACUCGGAGAGCUCAAAGAAACUCAUGAAAAACCUGAAAACUUUUACAGCUUCAUGAUCAUGAAGAGCAAUUUUGAUGAAAAAUACGUCAAUGAUCUUGCUUGUAACACACUGGAGAACUUUGAUUUCAGCCAAAAGGAGGCCCAACUGUUUGCCUUCCUGGCAUUACUGAACACCUACGUGGCAGAAUCUGAAAUCUCUCUCUCACUCUGUAAAGAUUUUUUGGGGAUGAAAAUGAUACAAUGGAUAGAGGACAAUGUAAUGGACAGAAUGAAGCCAUAUUCAAACUUUCUCAUCAUGGAAACAGUUGAAGAAUGGGGAGGAUACAAAGGAAUCAGAAUCCUUCAUCACUCCAUAGCAUCUGCAUGUCUGAAAGAGUUGGAGCGAAGCUUCUAUUUAAAAGUGAGUGAUAUCACUAUGGCAAUUCUUUACCUUGAUCUGUUCUUCAGUGUUCAAGUUGUCAAACACAGAUUCAUGCUCUCAAUUCAACAAAUGUUGAUUGAAAGGCAGCGCAGGAAAGAUGGAGAUGAGAGAGAACUAUUUUCUCCACUCAUAGGCAAAAUCCACAGCCAGCAAGGAAGAAAAACUGUCGAAGAAAUCUUUGUGAAAGCAUCAUCCAGGUUUGUGACAAGUGCAUCUAUUCCUCAGGCACUGGCAAGAUAUUUGUACAUCAAUGAGCAUGACUAUCCAGAGGCUCUAAAAUGGGCUGAAAAGGCCAAAACCAUAAAAAAGAACCCAUACACAUGUGACACGAUUGGGCAAAUUCAUAAAAGCAAUUUAAAAUCCAACAUCAACAGAGAAAAGCAGGAGACGUCAUGCAAUCCAGACAACUUGAACACAAACAUUAAAAUCGCGGAUAAUGCUAUCAAAGCAUUCAAAAGGGCUCAAGAGCUGGCCGAUGAACAGGAUGAACCUGAGGAAGACACUGCUGAUGAUGAGUCAGAUGACUUUCCGAGAAAGUCAUAUAAUGUUUUUGGCUAUGUGAGCAUGCUGGAAAUAGCUUUCCUCGUCUUUGAGAUACUGAGCAGAUUGCCAUUCUUUGAGGAAAGUGAACCAAUGAAGAAGAGGUACUUGAUGAGUUUCCUGGAAAACAAAAUGGAAAUCACCAAUGUGCAUAAAGAGGACAAUGAGAUCAACAACAGAUACACAGAGAUCAUCAAGGAACAUGCACAGUUUCUCCCCAAUUUGAAAACUGAAGCAAAAGAAACAUUUGACCAUCUUAACGGUUACUUUACAUUUUUGAAAGGGAACAAUUCAGAAUUUGAUUCAAAGAAUCAUCGGACUGUCUGUGGUCUUUUCAAAAAGUAUGUGGCUCUUUUUUGCACUUCACCAGAGGAAAAUAAAAAAGAACGACAAAGCAAUACUAAUCUCAAUUUGGAAAUUGAUAUUCAAGAAAAAAGAUUGUUUCUUGAAGAGAAACAAGCAGAUACAUUCGCAGGGAUUCUUCAGCAUAUAGACAAACCUGCUGAAGAGAUUGAGAGGAUCACAGAAUGCUAUGCAUUCUUACAGAGACAACAACAACAGCUCAUCAACAAAAAACAGAAGACAAGAGAAACGAUCAAUUACAUUCUGUCAAACAUAGUUCUUUACCUUUUGAAACCAAAAUCUAAUUAUGUAAAGAGCCAGAAACACCUCUCUGAUCUACUGUCGAAAACUCUACAAGAUGUAGGACUUGGGUAUCCCUUCCCGGACCCAUACUACCUGGCUCUGCUGUUACUCUGGCCAAGUCCAACUCAGGAAAACACAGAUGUUGGGACAUAUGUUACUGCCAUUCGAAACUCAUCCCGCAAACAUCUGUCAAAAUUGCUUCGAAAGAGGAGCACUAUUGCCCACUUCUACUUAGGAAAGGGAGAAGGACUUAAUAGGUUUGUUUCUAAACCUAAACUGGAUGAGACUUUUCUGCCUAAAAUGCCUCGUGGUAUCUUGGCACAGCUGUGGUGGAAUGGAGACAUAUUUAAGGAACAAAGAAUCACCAGCCGCCUUCAUCGAGUCAGUGGAUUCACACUCGAAGGACAGCUGUUUGCCAAUUAUGGCAAACUGAAAAUCCCUGUGCGUCCUGCUCUUAUUGGUAAAAUACGACAGGGUUUCAGUACAGAAAAGGUUUCCUUCUACCUUGGUUUUGCAAUCAAUGGACUCCUUGCAUAUGACAUCCAGUAUGAAAACUAGGGUAGUUGAUUGUAGAGACACAUGAACUGUACAACAUGAAAUAUG